GAGAGAGAGUUUUCUACAAUUCCAAGGAUGAAAGCAGUGAUUCUCUGUAUUCCUUAGCUGGAUUCAGAGAAUCACCAUCUUCGUCUUCAUCUCCAUCUUCGUCGGAAAUCCGAGCAAUUCACACGGAGAGGAUCAGAAUCCCGCUUCUUUUGCAUGAAUUUUGAGAUUCUUUGAGAAUUAAUCGGCGGUUUUUUUUUUUUUUGGUUGUUCGAGAUUGUUCGAAAUGGAAACUUCUCAGACCGAUGGAAGAAUGGAGGGAUGGCUGUACCUCAUUCGCUCCAAUCGGAUUGGGCUUCAGUACUCGAGGAAGAGGUACUUCGUUCUCGAAGCUCACCAUCUCAGAAGCUUCAAGUCUGUUCCCGCUUCAAACGAUGAGGAACCGGUUAAAAGUGCUAUUAUAGAUUCUUGCAUUCGUGUUAUGGACAAUGGUCGGGAGAGCAUUCAUAGAAAAGUCUUCUUCAUAUUCACUCUCUAUAACACUUCCAAUCACAACGAUCAGCUUAAGUUGGGGGCAAGCAGUCCUGAAGAAGCAGCAAGGUGGAUUCAUUCCUUUCAAGAAGCAGCUUUACAGGGUGGUCCAGAUAUAGGAGACAAUAUUAUAAAUUGUUCAAAGAGAAGAUGGCAAUCAUUUAGAUUGGGUGGACCUAGCCGGUCAAGUCGUAUUAAUUCCAUAGACUGGACUAUAUGUCCUUCUACGCAAGCAGAUCCAAUGACAUCCGAUGUUAUUGCUCCUUCGCCGUGGACGAUAUUUGGAUGUCAAAAUGGUCUACGGUUAUUUAAAGAAGCAAAAGAUAGGGACUCUCAUGGAAAGUGGGAUGAUCAUCCUGCUAUAAUGGCAGUGGGUGUGGUUGAUGGAACUUCAGAAGCAAUCUUCCAAACACUUAUGUCUCUUGGUCCCUCAAGAUCACAGUGGGACUUUUGUUUCUACGAGGGCAGUGUGGUUGAGCACCUUGAUGGUCAUACUGAUAUUAUUCACAAGCAGUUAUACAGUGAUUGGUUACCAUGGGGAAUGCAACGAAGAGAUCUAUUGUUGCGACGCUAUUGGAGAAGAGAAGACGAUGGGACAUAUGUUAUUCUCUAUCACUCAGUCUCUCACAAGAAGUGUCCCCCUCAAAAAGGCUAUGUCCGUGCUUGCCUUAAAAGUGGAGGAUAUGUUAUUUCACCAGUGAACCAAGGGAAGCAAUCAGUUGUGAAGCACAUGCUUGCUAUUGAUUGGAAAUUCUGGAAAUCUUAUCUAAGGACUUCUUCGGCUAGGGCUAUAACCAUCCGAAUGCUUGGAAGAGUUGCUGCAUUACGGGAGUUAUUUAGAGCAAAACAAGGUUAUCAUUCGUCUGAGUAUUCAUCUGGUGAGUUGACAAGAAAUAUUGGGGCGAAUCAAAAUGAGGUGGACGACAUGUUUGAUGUUCGAACAGUGACUGGGGAUGGAAGCAGUAUGGGAAAUAUAGCAGAAGAAGUAGAUAAAACACCUUCAGAACAUGCGAGCCUUGUCAGCCUGAAUGAUGCAGCUGACGAAUUCUUUGAUGUUCCCGAACCCCCAGAUUAUGAUCAAUCAGAAGCUGAUUGGGUUCCUGAAUUUGUUCCAGAACAAAAUUUACAGGACGUACGCCACCCAAAGUUGUCAACUGCUGCUGGUUUUGUGAAAAAAUUGCAUGAUCUUGCAAUUCAGAAGAGGGGCUAUGUAGACUUACAAGAGAUGGCCAUGGAAGACAGCGUAUCAUGCUGUUACGGGUCAACUCUUCCAAAGGAUCCAACUUGUGCUUUGCCUUGCAGUUGGACAACAACAGAUCCCUCUACUUUCCUUAUUCGUGGAAAGAGUUAUUUGGAGGACCGUCUGAAGGUUAAGGCAAAGGGCACCUUAAUGCAAAUGGUCGGUGCUGAUUGGCUAAGAUCUGACAAGCGGGAAGAUGAUCUUGCUGGCCGUCCUGGAAGCAUUGUUCAGAAAUAUGCAGUACAAGGAGGGCCGGAGUUUUUCUUUAUUGUGAACAUUCAGGUCCCAGGUUCAAUGACUUAUAGUCUAGCACUGUACUAUAUGAUGAAUACUCGAUUAGAAGAUGCGCCCUUGCUAGAGAGUUUUGUCAAGGGGGAUGAUGCAUUUAGAAAUUCAAGGUUUAAGCUCAUACCAUACAUAUCUAAGGGUUCAUGGAUUGUUAAGCAAAGCGUGGGGAAGAAAGCAUGCCUCAUUGGUCAAGCGCUUGAAAUAAAUUAUUUCCAUGGGAAAAACUACUUGGAGCUUGGUGUCAAUAUUGGGUCAUCAACGGUUGCAAGGGGUGUGGUUAGUCUUGUUCUGGGGUACCUUAGCAAUCUGGUUAUCGAGAUGGCAUUUCUGGUACAGGCAAACACACCGGAAGAGCUCCCGGAGUAUCUUCUCGGAACCUGCCGCCUUAAUCAUCUUGACGCAUCAAAGUCAGUUCUAGUGAGGGACUGAUUAUAUCCCCAACUCAAGCAAAAACAUGAUUAUACCCCAAUUUUAUACCCAUUGGAAGAAUGACUAUCUCCCCAAUUCAUGAUUAACCCAGAACCGGGAGGUCAUAUAUAGACUUAAAAGGUAUAUCUGAGAUCUUUGUGAUCUGCAACCAUAUUUGCAGAACUCAUUCUUUGAUUCAAAAUUGAAAUUGGCUGGAAUUCAUGUUGCUGUAGAUAUCAUUAGGAUGGAUAAUUUAAUCAACCUUGUAAAGAUGCCA